AUGGCGCCGAAGCGCGGCGCGCGCGACGGCGCGCGCGCGCCCUCGACCGCGGCGGAUCGACCGGCGGCGUCGAGCCUGCGCGGGGACGUCACGGUGGUCGUCGACCUCGGAGGGUCGAGCCUGAAACUGUGCGUCGCCGAGGACGGCGCGACGGCGACGCGAAGCGCGCCGAACGCGAGCGCGCGCGUCAAGGCGAGCGAUGGCGCCGGGUUCGUGACGCUGCGGGGCGAGGAGAUCGAUGGGGUGGUGGACGUGAACGGAUUGGCGCUGCGACGGCCGUGCGACCGCGGGUACGUCGUGCACUGGGAGCAACAGCGGGAGAUAUUAGACGACGCGCUGCGGCGAACGCUCGGCGUGGAUCCGACGCGGUGCGAUUUGAUCAUCACCGAACCGCCGUUCGCGCUGCCGCGCACGCGAGAGGCGCUGGAUGAGAUGGUGUUUGAAUAUUUUGGGUUUCGGCGGGCGUUGGUGACGACGCCGGCGAAACUGACGAAACGAUUCGCCGAUUUCGUGGACGCGAAGAAACGAGACGCGAAGGAUUUGUGCGUCGUCGCGCGAUCUGGGGUGGUUUUGGAUUGUGGGUUUUCUUUCGCGCACGCGACGGCGUUUGUGGAUGGGACCGAGGUGCCGCGCGGGAUCAAGCGGUUGAACCUCGGGGGAAAGGCGUUGACGAAUUAUUUAAAAGAACUCGUUAGCUUUCGACAAUGGAACAUGAUGGACGAAAGCGCGGUGAUCGAGGACGUGAAGGAAAAGAUGUGCUACGUCGCCGACGAUGCUUUGGCGGAAUUGGAGAAGUGCAAGGCGAAGCGAGGUGGAACGGUGAAGCGCGAGUACGUAUUGCCAGACGGAAUACACGUCUUGCGAGGGUUCGUGCGCGAGGACAGCGCAAACAAACGACCGAAGAAGAAGGUGCCGAAGGAAAAGAAAGUUAAAAUUCCCAAAAAGGAUGAACCAGAGCACCAAUUCUUGACGCUCGUCAACGAGCGCUUCAUGGUGCCGGAGGUGCUAUUUCAUCCGAGCGAUAUCGGCGGACGGCAGUGUGGGGUAGCGGAGUUAGUGACACAGGCAGUGGAAAACGAGGAUUUGUCUAACGAAGCCAUGCGAGCGCUCGCCUACCUCGACGUCAUUGUCACUGGGGGGUGCUCAAAGUUUCCAAACUUUAUGGAACGCUUUGAGCGCGAAUUACGGCCGCUGGUCUCGGAGUCGUACAUGUUGCGCAUCCGGCAAAUGGAUGAUCCAAUUCAAGCGGCUUGCUUAGGCGGCGUCGAUAUCGCGAAGGAUCGGGAAUUUUUCGAGAAACAUGCGCUCACGAAGGAGGAGUACCUGGCGAACAAGACGAGUAUUCGCGCCGCGCACGAGAGUUUGGAAUUCGAGCCAAACGUUCGCACCGGGCGUUUGCGUGAAUACGCCGCGACGCCGAACCUAAAAAAACUGGACAAGAAGCGCAUCAUCGAGGAUUGUGAAAAGCUGACGCCUAGUUUCGAGCGGGACAUCAUUCACGCGUCCGCGUGA